GUUACGGCAUAGUGAAUGGAUGAGAGUCAUCAGUUUGACACUUGCAGGACAAUCAGGUGCUUAUUUACCAAAGCUGCUCUCGCCCGGUAGUCCCGUGUUGGUCUGUUGGUGAGAAAUUCUGAAUUCCCUUUGCCUUUCCUCGUCCACGUUGGAGAGUUGCAGCCGAGAGCAACUUGUUUGCUUUGUCCGUUGUUAGACAACCUUAUUACCAUCUGUGUUUAGGAGUGAGCACAACCCAAAUUACAGGUGACCAGUCCCCCGUAACAUCACUGGGCCCCGAUGAGCGUCCUUGCAUGAUUCAAUACAGCGCAGAGAUCCCUCACGCGAGGAAUGACGGCAGAGAUGCUCAGGAACUACUUAUAGCUAGAACCAAUUUCUUGAUCACUAUACUUUGAUGUAAUCAAGUAUGCCCAUUUUCCAGCAAGAUCUGGAGCGGAGGGAGUCCGCCGAAGAGUUAAUGAUGGCGUCACCAUCCCGAGCCACGCCGAUCCAACACGACGACCCGACGCUGGUGAGGAAGUUGUCAGAGGAGAGCAUCAGGACCGAACUAUGCGAGGGACCACUUCCAGAGACUCCAAGGAUACAAACACCAUAUGAUGAAUCUCCCGGCACCUGCACCGACCGAGCAGAGUUAAUUGAGAGGUUGAAGAGGGGCGAGAGUCCGACGUGGAUUCCCAACCGGCAUUACGAGUCGAUAUGGCAUCAACACCCGUCUAGUCCCACUCGAACCCCCAAGCCCGCAAGCAACUCACCGUCCCUCCUUGAACCUCCCGUCAUCACACCCGAGAAGCCAGAUGCUGAGUCCGACGACGAAAAGCGAUUACAGGAAGGAUUAAACAUAGAGCGACCACGGUCGGCCCUUCACAGUGGAGACUUUACACAGGAUGAUGCGUCUGGUGAGGACGGCACGGCACAAGAAAGCAACCUUGAUGGGAGUCGGGACGAACUGCGGAGGCCCAAUGGUCAUUCCUGGCUGGCCACUUCGCCCCCGAGGGAUUUUACACCCUUCCAAUUCGAGAGGAGGCAUCCCGGGUCUGAGGAAUCCGAGGACCGGCGGUCGGGCCUAUCGUCUUUGUCCUCAUCACUGUCCCAAAGCUUCAUCUACAAACCGCCAACAAGUCCUCUCGUGCAGUCAGAAAGCAACGACGAUAUUGGUCUGGCGUCUCCAAUGGAGGGUGUUGACAUCAGCUCAAGCAUACCGAGGAACACGCGCCGACACACUUUGGUGCCCUCCUACUCCGACUUCUUUGGCUUCUCUUCGCCGAAUCCAGUACCAAGACAACCUACUACAUUCCGCCAGGAGAGGUCGUUUCCGUACCAAGCACAUCAGCCCCGCCGGUCGCUCGGGACAACGCCAAACUUCUCCUUGGCUGGGCCGUCACCAUCACCACAGCAGACACCGGCAUUCCUUCGGUCCAGACGUCCAUCGUAUAGCUUGGAUACGUCACCUCUUCAACAUGCGUCUAUGGUAGGCUCGUACGAGGAGAGCAUUCUACGUGGACGCAUGUCCACAACACCUUCGAAACCACUGGACUUUGUUGCACAGAUUGGCGUAUUGGGUCUGGGCAAGUGCAAGUCGAGCUUGAGGUGCCCAGCUCAUGUGACAUUACCAUUCCCCGCCGUGUUCUAUUCAUAUGCGAGCUCAUCCCAUGGCCGAUCCAAAGAUGAAGACGGUCCAAGUCCAUACGUCGGUCAAAUUGACUUGGAAAACGGUUUGUCGAAUCAGGAGGAAGAAGCAAGGUCAAAACGCAAGAUGCAAAGCCGUGCUUCGGAGCGCAGAAUGGCAAAGGACGAUGUGAUGGAUAUGAGCGACCGGCCUGCCGAGAUCUCAGAUCGUGAUGCACGCAAACCGCAACGACCCAAGAGGAUACCAGGGUCGCCCAGAGCCCCUCCCGGUGGAAGCUAUCGGAUUCCCGAAAGAGGGCAGAUCCAGAUUAUCAUCAAGAACCCCAACAAGACGGCUGUCAAGCUUUUUCUGGUUCCGUACGAUUUGGCAGGAAUGGAGCCAGGUACCAAAACCUUCAUACGACAACGUAGUUACUCUGCUGGCCCCAUCAUCGACAACUUGCCCGAACUGAAGGAUGCUGGCACAGCUGACCGACCGAUUUUGCGCUAUCUUGUUCACUUGCACAUAUGCAGUCCCUCCCGAGGACGAUACUAUUUGUACAAAAGCAUCCGUGUUGUGUUUGCGAAUCGUGUCCCUGACGGCAAAGAAAGACUGAGAAAUGAGAUUUCUCUGCCGGAGCCUAGGUUUACUAACUACAAGCCCAUUCGAGUGAUACAUCCACCAACCUCGGCAGGUUCCGGACCCGGAGCCAGUCUUGCAGCCGAGAAGGCCUCCAGGAGACGCAGUUCCGGCUACUACUUUGGUGCUUCCCCACAGGUACUCGCAGAUGACUUCGUUUCCGAGCCGGCACUGCCCCAAUCCCAUUUCUCUUUCAACUUUGCCGGCAACAAUGACCCAGUUGAGCCUAUCCCACUACGAAUUCCCUACAAAUCAGAAUCGAGCACUAUCUCCAGUUUGGGCGGUGGCGAUGGGCACAUUGACAAAUACGACAAACUUAGAAAGGGCGAUGUGGGAUAUGGUGGGAAUGCUUUUUCUGAUAUUAAUAACGGGAGUCCCGGUGCAACUGAGGGUCUCUUAUCUCAGCGGCUCAAGUCACUUGGCGUAAAGGUUGGGCUGCAACAGGACUCCCAGAUGCACGAAGUCUAAUCACUGUUUUUGUUUGUUUUUGCUCGUCAACACAUUCCAGCGUUGCUUUGAUAGGCUUGGGGCUAUCAGGAUAUCAUGGCGCUGUGACUAGUUGCAACAGGUUGUUGAUAUUGUGCUUUUAGGAGAUAUCCCGGAUCUUAGCCUGCUGCCUUAGGGUAUUGAAGCUACAGAAAACUUCAACCACCUAGAUCUAGGUCGUGGCACCUUAGGUAUUGACUAUGAAAAUAGAUGAAUCUGCACCUCACUCCAUGAC